GGACACGGCAGCGGCUUGAGCCGGCACAUACCUCACUGUAGCAGCCCGGGCUCUGGACUCCCUUACACCAUGUGCGGCCGCAGGUAGAGGCCGUCUCGCUGGCUUCUUUUGCUUUGUGUUGUCGGGACUGGAGGCCAUGGCGCUGGGAUCGCGGCCGGAGUUGGUUGGGAAGCGCUUCGUGUGUGUGGUACGGGGAGGAGAGGAGCCGCCGGAGCUCGGGGAGAACGGGCAUAUUGGCCGCAGGAGCUGGAGAGCCGGCGUCAUCCGUGCGGUGUCUCACCGGGACAGUCACAACCCUGAACUGACGGUGUAUGUUGAAUUUGAUGACCUGGAAUGGGAUAAACGUGAAUGGGUGAAGGUAUAUGAAGAUUUCACAGCUUUUUUUGUUGAGUUCCAGCUGGUCUGGGCUAAGCGAAAAGACCCCAGCCAGUCUCAGGGAUCAAAAGUCAAGCAUGUCCAGUGGCCUGCAUUGGCUUUCAAGGCCCUGGUUGGAAAGGGAGCGUAUAAUUCCAUCACGGCAAUAGAAUUUUUGGUGGAGAAACACUUGGAGUUCGCAACUGAAGAUAGUGCCUUUCAGCCCUAUCAGGAUGAAGUGGACAGUCUAAAUCCAGUUCUCAGGGACAACCCCCAGCUUCAUGAAGAGGUGAAGGCCUGGGUAAAAGAACAUAAAGUUCAGGAGAUUUUUAUGCAAGGUCCUUAUUCCUUAAACGGCUAUCGAGUGAGAGUGUACAGACAGGACUCUGCCACCCAGUGGUUCACUGGGAUAAUUACUCACCAUGACCUUUUCACCCGCACUAUGAUUGUUAUGAAUGACCAGGUACUAGAGCCUCAGAAUGUUGACCCUUCUAUGGUUCAGAUGACCUUUCUAGAUGACGUUGUUUACUCUCUGUUAAAAGGUGAAAAUAUCGGAAUCACAUCUCGUCGUAGGUCUCGCUUAAACCAGAACAGUAACACAAUUCAUGGUCAUUAUACACGGGCACAAGCUAAUAGUCCAAGGCCAGCAAUGAAUUCUCAAACCUCCACUUCAAAACAGAAUCAGCACCACAGAAAUGCCCGCUUAAACAAAAGAAAGGGAUCCGACAGCAGCAUGCCUGAUGAAGAUCGCAUUAAAGAAGAGCGAUAUGAUGGAACUGGUAGACCAGAAAACCUAAAGAGGAACAAACAUUUUCACAGCAAAAGGAGGAAACCAGAGGAGGACGAAAAGAAAUUAAUUCUUAAAAGGCUGCGUACGGACAAUAUUUCUGACUACUCUGAGAGCAGCGACUCGGAGAACUCAAAUAAAAGGAUAAUAGAUUCUUCCUCUGAGCAGAAUUCUGAGAACGAGUUGAAAUGCAAGAACACUUCAAAGAUAAAUGGAGACGAAGGAAAAUCCCAAAGUAGCGAGGGAGCCGAGGAACAGACUCUAAUAGAUAGGCAUUCUCCCUGGGAUAAAAUACAGGAAGAUAAAAAACAUCAAGAAGCAGAAAGAAUGAAGUCGGCUGACGUACAGCUGCAGGAGGAGAAGCCUCAGUUCCUUGUCUCCGAACAGACAGCACUUUAUGAGCAGAAUUCCAAUAAACCGCAUCUUCAAGAUAAAGUGGGGGACAAAAACAGCACUACAGAGUUUUUGCGGACUGAGCAGGCCAUUGCCAAGCCCCCCACGCCCAAAACUGCUAUUGUCUUAGAUAGCGAGAACAGUUCCGAGAAAGUUCCCCAGGAAAACAGUGCAAGUCAGUUCAGCUUGCAGGCUCCUCCGCAGGUGGACAUGCAAAAUGCCGACCUGAAACCCUCGUUUGGCAAUGUCAAUUUUUCAGAUUCCAAGAAGCAGGCUUCAGAGCAUGGCUGGAAUGACAUUGCUAAUAAUAAAGCAGAACUGGCACUUUCGGGGGUGUUAAAAUUGCCCCAGCCCACUAAGGAGGCAAAUGACAGAGAUAAAAUACACCAUACCCCAAUCAUGGGCAGCACUUCUUUAACGGAUGAACAGAAGAGGCUUCAAAAACAGUCCAUGGACGCUCUCAAGGCAAAACCUCAUAUAUCUGAUUCUUCUAGUAAAAUUAAAUUCAACUCUUCUCUGGAUGUUGUGAAGUCUCGGUCUGUUCAUUCUCCAGAUACAAUAAAACAUAAGUUAAAUUAUCAUAGUAGCCAAGGUUCUGGAACAGUACGACAUUUGAGCAAACUGGAUUGUGAUACGCACAGGUCCAGCUUUCAUCCAGUAGCUGCACGAGUGAGUACCAUCGAAUCUACGAAGAGCCCUCUUAUUAUAGACAAAAAUGAACAUUUUACAGUUUACAGGGACCCAGCACUUGUUGGACCAGAGACUGCUCCCAAUCACAUGUCUCCUUAUUUGCACCAGCACAAUUUUGCCCUCCACCCUCCGGCUCAUCGAGCAUGUUUACCUCCAAACAGCCAUCAUCCAGCACUAACAGCCAAUCCUCAUUUGUUGACGUCCUCGGCCAAUCAGACACCUAUGUCUGCGAUGAACGCUCAUCCUCUCGGAAGCUCCUCUCACCAUUCGGUUCACCAUCCUCAUUUGCUUCCGACCGUGUUGUCGGGUAUGCCUCCCGCUUCCUUGCUCGGAGGUCAUCCGCAGCUCGAGACCGCACAUGCCAGCAGCCUUAGCCACCUGGCACUCGCACAUCAGCAGCAACAGCAAAUAUUACAGCACCAGCCUCCUCAUCUUCUUGGCCAAGCUCACCCUCCAGCUUCGUAUAACCAGUUGGGACUUUAUCCGAUUAUCUGGCAGUAUCCGAAUGGAAGCCAUGCCUAUUCAAGUCUUGGUCUGCCUUCUUCAAAAUGGGUGCAUCCAGAAAACCAUGUGAAUGCAGAGGCUGCGAUUAGAAGGAACACAGCGAGUCCUUGGUUACACCAGCCUACCCCUGUGACCUCAGCAGAUGGACUCCUAAUGGGUCAUCUUCCCGUACGACCAUCCAGUGCAGAUCCCCACCGACCGAUUAAACUGGCUACGCAUUCAAGUCCCCCAUUGUCUAAGCAAACAGACCAUCAUAAAGAGGAUACCGAGAAGAAACCAUUUAGUGAGCCGUUACGCACAAUUACUACAGCACCCGUAAAGGCUGAGCAAGAACACAGCCGAACACAACCUGGGAAAGACAGCCAUGUACAUAGACAUUAUAUGGAUCCUUUGAGCCACGCUAAAUUACAGAGGCCAGCACAGGAGACUGGAGAGAGAAAUAAUAAAUACAAAGAAGAACAUAGGCGAAUCCUUCAGGAGAACAUUGACUCUUCUACCUUUCCCGUAAAGUUGAAAUCACAGGAAGCGGAUAGAGAGGGCUAUUCUAGAGUGACACCCGUAGUGUCUUGCAGCCCGCAAAGCCACGUGGUGAAACAGGAAAAUAACAUGGAACGCCCCAUAACAGAAUUGUACAAAAUGAAGAGUUCUGUAGCUCAAAGUCUGCCGCAAAGUAACUACUUUACCACGUUGUCCAAUAGCGUGGCAAAUGAUCCCCCUAGAGCGUUCGCAUCCAAGGAACCUGUCAACGUAUACUCUGAAAAGCAGAGGGCAAGCCCUUCUUCAUCCAAUUCUUCUACUCUUAACUCGUAUAUGUCCUCUUUGUCCAAGCCACCACCGCUGAUUAAACAUCAGCCUGAAGAGGUAUCUACAGGCAAAGUAAACGAGCAGCUGCCUCAACAAUUGACCACUCAUACAAUUACUUCUUUCAGAGGCGAUAGUAGAAGUCCAACCCAGCUGUCCAUUUCAUCUUCCAAUGCACUCCGCAGCAUGCCCGCCCUUCACAGAGCACCCGUGUUCCACCCGCCAAUUCAUCACAGUCUAGACAGAAAAGAUGCCAGUUACAGCAACCUUUCUCCACCUACACUAACUCCAGUACAGCCAGUAAACACAGGGAACAAAAUCCAGGAGCUUCAGAAACCUCCCACUCUUGUACCUGAGCCUAAAGAAGCAUCGGCAACGUAUAAGAAGAGUUCAGAUAGGAGUGUUCAGGAAUCCUGGAAGGCCAGCGAUAAGCAAAACUCAAACAAGGGAGGAUGGGUGCCAGAGAAAAAUAAUGUGAAGGCGCAUGCUGCAACGGCAUCAGUCAUUGUACGCCCACCUUCCAGCAUGAAGUACGAUAACAUGCCAGUAAGUCAGUUGCUCUCAAAGGAGCGUGUUGGCGAGAGAGCCUCAGCUGGAAUAAAUCAGUCGGAUUGUUUAAAACCAUUGGAAGCCCGGGAGACUGGAAGAAUUGCUCAGCCAAUUAUGAACUCAGACAGCACUCAUGUGAAUUUCGAGAAGAGCUCUCACGCCCCCACACACAGCCUUCCCAGUUCAGUUGCACCUGGAACCAAUAUAAUGUGCAGUACAAAAACGGACGUGACCACCUCUGCCCCCACAACCACAAGUGUUUCAAGCUGCAGUGGAUCAGAAGUAACCUACUUGUUAUCGAACUCUGUUUCGGCGUGUACUGUGAUAGAAAGCACUAGUUCUAAAGCGCUAAACCAGGCAGCUGCACAAGCUCAAGAGAGCAGAGAUACCACCAUACUUCCCAUCAACACAGUAAGGGGUAAGACGGGUGUUACGAUUCCACCCUGUGCUGCAUAUUCUACUUCAAGUGAUUUCAUCCAUUUAAAAAAGCACAAGGCGGCUUUGGCUGCGGCUCAGUUAAAGUGCUCUAAUGUCAGCGAUACCGAAACAAACACUAUGAAAAAUCUGACCUCGCAGACCUCAACUUCUCCAGACAGCAAUGCAACCAGCAGCUCCACAAACACAACAAGCUCUGUAGGCAACGGGCAAGUUUCCCAGUGCAGCCAGCCAAACUACCAUACCAAACUUAAAAAGGCUUGGCUUACUAGACAUUCGGAAGAAGAUAAAAACACUAAUAAAACAGAAAGUGCAGGAGGCGCUAUUGUGUCUGAAAUGAUUAAGCCUUGUACCGUUAAUCUGAUAGCCUCAACUUCUAGCGAGCUUCAAAAUAACCUAGACCUUCGAACGCAUGAUGACAAGUCUCCUAAUCAAGAUAGGCUUACAAGGAGGAGAGUUAAAAGGACUUACGAAUCUGGCUCCGAAAGCGAUGACUCGGAUGAAAGCGAGAGCAAGUCGGGACAAAGGCUGAAACGACAGCCCAAGCCAACGUACAAAAAGAAGCAAAAUGAUAUGCAGAGGCGAAAAGGUGACACAGACAAAGAGGAGGAAAUAAAACCCAACGGUGUUCUCAGCAGGAGUGCCAAAGAGAAAACCAAACUGAAGCUACAGAGCAAUAGUAACAGCACUGGCAUACCUCGUUCUGUAUUAAAAGACUGGAGAAAAGUUAAGAAACUGAAGCAAACCGGGGAGUCGUUUCUACAGGAUGAUUCUUGUUGUGAGAUUGGGCCAAAUUUACAGAAAUGUAGGGAAUGCCGACUGAUCCGUACCAAAAAGGGGGAAGAGUCCACCCACUCGCCAGUUUUUUGCAGGUUUUAUUACUUCCGAAGGUUGUCUUUCAGUAAAAAUGGAGUGGUGAGAAUUGAUGGAUUUUCAUCUCCUGACCAAUAUGACGACGAAGCAUUAAGCUUAUGGACUCAUGAAAACUAUGAUGAUGAUGAUUUGGACCUGGAUACAAUUAAAUAUGUCUUGGGGUACAUCGGAGAUAAAUUCUGCCAGCUAGUAACAUCUGAAAAGGCAGCGAUGUCCUGGGUAAAAAAAGAUGCAAAAAUCGCAUGGAAGCGAGCAGUCCGGGGCGUGCGCGAGAUGUGCGAUGCUUGUGAAGCCACCUUGUUUAACAUUCACUGGGUCUGCCAGAAAUGUGGAUUUGUGGUCUGUCUGGAUUGUUACAAAGCAAAGGAAAGGAAAAGUUCUCGAGACAAAGAGCUAUAUACCUGGAUGAAAUGUGUCAAAGGACAGCCUCAUGAUUACAAGCACUUGAUGCCCACGCAGAUUAUUCCAAGUUCUGUGUUGACAGAUCUCCUCGAGGCAAUGCAUCAUCUUAGAGACAAGUUUGGCAUCAAGUCAUACUGUCACUGUGCCAUCAAGCAAAGCUCGCAGUCUGGCAAGUUCCCAGCGCUGAACGGGGUGUCACAGGUCUUGCAAAAUGUCCUCAAUCACAGUAAUAAGAUAUCGCUGUGUCUGCCGGAUUCUCAGCCGCAGGGCAUUUCUCAAAAGCCAGAGACGAAUGGUAACGCGAGCCCAGGGAGCGACUCCAGCACUGACAGCAAGCUAACGUCAACCGAGUCCCAGUCUUCGCUGCACUGGCUGGCGGAUCUGGCGGAGCAGAAGUCCAGGGAAGAAAAGAAAGAGCCACUGUAUGACUACAUCCCGAGCCCUUUCUUCCUCUGCGUUGCAGAAAACAAGGAAUGCCCGGUUGGAAAGCAUAUCAAAGAAGAAAGAGACCAGGUCAUUUCAGAAACUGUAAACUGUAAAACCUCUCCCCCCACAUCUCAAACUAAUGAACAGGGAUCAACUCUACGCGAUCUGCUCACUACUACCGCUGGGAAACUGCGCCUUGGGUCUACGGAUGCUGGCAUUGCAUUCGCUCCUGUGUACUCCGCAGGAACUCCAAGUAGUAAAGGUGGAAGGUCCAUGCCAAACAUCUUGGAUGACAUAAUCGCCUCAGUGGUUGAAAAUAAAAUUCCAGCGACAAGGGCUCCCAAAAUCAACGUAAAAACCGAGCCAAAAGAGGAAAUGACAGAAAGCCGCAAGCCAUCUCUGGAGGAGGGCAUGAGAUUGCACAACGAAAUCCCACAUUCUUGGAUCUGUGAUAGGCACAUUCUAUGGUUACAAGAUCAUAAAUACAGCGGCAACUGGAAGCUCUUUCGAGAGUACUGGAAACAAGGAAAGACGGUGCUUGUAUCCGGAACGCACACAAAGAUCAACAUCAACCUGUGGAGAUCAGAGGCAGUGAGCCAUGAUUUUGGUGACCACCAAGGAGACCUUCUAAACUGCAAAGAGGGCAUUGUGUCAAGCGGGAACGUCAAUGAGUUUUGGGAUGGAUUUGAAGAUGUCGCAAAGCGACAAAAAUUGAAAAAUGGGGAGACGGUUCUCCUGAAAUUGAAGGACCAGCCAUCUGGAGAAGACUUCAAAAACAUGAUGCCUGUGAGGCAUGAAGAAUUCUUUAAAAUGCUACCUGUGCCAGAAUACUGCAAUCCGGAUGGGAAAUUUAACCUUGCCUCAUAUAUGCCAUCGUUUUUUGUUCGCCCAGACUUGGGACCAAGAAUGUGUAGUGCAUAUGGAGUUAUUGCAACGAAGGAUCAAGACACAGGAACAACAAAUCUUCAUAUUGAAGUGUCAGAUUUAGUUAACAUUCUCGUCUACGUUGGUGCAGCAAAAGGGAAUGGAAUAGUAUCCAAAUCAGGUGUAGUAAAAAAGUUUGAAGAAGAAGACUUGGAUGAGUGUCUAAGAAAAAGAUUGAAAGACUCCGACGAAGUACCUGGUUCUCUGUGGCAUAUUUACGAGACCAGAGAUGCUGACAAAAUAAGGGAAUUUCUGCAUAAGGCUGCUAAAGAGCAAUGUCUAGAAAUCCUUCCUGACCAUGACCCGAUAAGAGACCAAAACUGGUACUUGAAUAAGAAACUCCGACAGAGUCUCCUGGAGGAUUAUGGUGUGAAAAGCUAUACUCUUGUCCAGUUUCUUGGUGAUGCCAUCAUUUUACCAGCAGGAGCAAUAUAUCAGGUGCAAAAUUUCCACAGCUGCAUCCACAUGACUCAAGACUUUGUGUCCCCGGAACAUAUUGUUCACUCAUUUCAUCUAACUCAAGAGCUGAGGCUUUCUAAAGAAGAAAUCAAUUAUGAUGAUAAGUUGCAGGUUAAGAAUAUUUUAUACCAUUCCGUGAAAGAAAUGGUAAAAUCAUUGAAGAUCCACGAAGAAGAAAUGGAAGACAUGGACGAAGCUUAAAGUGAAAAUGAAUGAACUGGGUUUAAAAUUCUCGUACAAAAGAGAAAGUAAACGGACGUGCGUACCCAUGAAGUAGAAAGUUGGAGAACAUUGGUGCCAAGAGAAUCCACUCCUAGUAUUUACUUGUUACUAACACCACACCAGUAUACCGUUCACAAUCGCAGUCUGAGUCACCCCCCCAAGGCAGACCUGGACGCCCCCCAUCCUUCUGCAGUGCAUUGAUGGUCCAUCAUGCGGGGGGGGGGUCAAUACAUUUUUGCCUUCUGAGUGCCAGACGGGUGAGCACCACAUUGCCUGGUGCACCACUUUGGCACUUAAAGGGUUAAAGCCUCAGAGCGUGCUUACCGUUGUAUUAUAGUGUACAUUUAAAAGUUUGUGAAAAAAAAUGUUAAAAGAUUUAAAUGUAUUUAUUUUUUUGAAAAUGAAAUUUGAAAAGUUCUAUGCUAUAUUGUUGAUCAAAUGUAAAUGUGACCUGUAUAGUUUGCUAAAAUAAUUUGGAUAUUUUUCACUACAUUGAGACAGUAACUGUGAGGGGGGGGAAAAAACACACAAAUCACCAGCUAUUGCCUGCAUUCGGGAUCAUUCAUGACAUAAUCUUAAAGAUUACUGCCAAAUAACUGUAAACUAUGUAUAUUCUAAAAUAGAAGACCGUAUAUAGACAGACUCUUCAAUGCUUUAUUGAAGCCUACUCAAUGUAUAAUUAGACAUUUACAAAAGAUGUAAUUUAUUUGAAACAAGUUGUCUCAUUUUGGAAAAAGAUAUGUGAACUUUUGAAGCUAAAUAUUAAACUUAAUAUCCUAUGUAAAUAUAUACAUAUAUACAUUCAAUGAUGUAUUUUUUUAAGAACAUUGGCUUGCUUUAAUUUGUUAAAGGUGCAAGUGUUACACAUGCUUUGUACAUUGAAGUUGAAAGGGGUUUUACAUUUUCCAUUAAAAAAGCUCAAAUGUUGAUAAAA